UGCAGACGUCCAGCACUUCUGUCCACCCAUGUAGCUCGAACAUGGCCAUGGGAGCGCAGCAAUAUUGCUUCAUGCUUAAUGCUUCAUCCUUCACACUUUGCUCGCUCGCCCCCUGUACGUCGAUCAGGAUAUGGACCGAUCCGCAAUUCUGCGGACUCCCGACAACACCUCCCCCUAGCUCCUCGGCCCUUCGCCUGCUCUUUCCAGCUGUCGCGUGCCCUCUCCCAUCAUGCUUCCAACGCUACGUGUAGGAAUAGGAAUAGUAUACGUCCUCUCUUGUUCCUUGACAACUUCGGCAGCGCCUCGCAUCUAGUUGCGCGGUAAUGUCUGUCCACAGCUAAGCUCCGACCACCAGUGGACAAUCAUGUCCCUAGUACGCUCGUUCACUUCGUUUCAAACUAUUACAUGGCGACGCUUUCUAUCCGUUCCACUUAAUCAACUUCAUUCUUUGCCACGUACCAGCAUCAUACCUACGACAACAACAAUCCCUCCGGCUCACAAGCGUUUCAAUUACAAUCUCCCAGUCACGCCAAACGACCAGCUUCCAGCGCCGCCUGAAGAACCAGAAGGCUCACGCAGGCGGAGAGAUGAUCGCGAUGAGCCCUUUAGGUGGGGCCCCACGCUAUUCAAAAUGUUCGAGGCGGCCGCAACGACCUUUGCCUCCGUCGCUAUCCUCGGCGCAGUGGGCUACGGUUACACGAUCUACUACAAACGGCUCGUCCUGAGCAAGAUCGAGCAUGCCUUCGAGCCUGGCGACCCUGUCCUGGAUCUAGCGGCCGUUGCAAAGCAUGGCAAAGAUCUUACGGAAACAGAUCACUGGGUCUUGCGUGAAGAACAAGAAAUGAUUGACGCCAUCGUCGCCGGUCGAGUCAAAGGCCAGUACCACCUUCUCGUUGGCGAGAAGGGCACAGGAAAGUCCAGCAUGCUGAUCGACGCCAUGGCCAAGAUUGACGGCGAAGGCUGCGCGAUGCUUGAAGCCCAUGCCGACCCGGAGAUCUUCCGUAUCCGGCUUGGUAAAGCACUCGACUUUGAGUUCCAUGAAGACAACAUCGGCGCGCUGUUCUCCAUCCGCGGCCCCCGAGACGCCAACGCCAUCCUUGACGUCGAGCGCGCCUUCAACAAACUCGAGAAGAUUAUGCUCCAGCGCCGUAAUCGAGUCGGCCGCCCCUUAAUCAUAAUAAUCGGUUCCACCCAUCUCCUCCGCGAUGACGAGCCCGGCCGCGACCUCCUGGAGCUCUUACAACAACGUGCCGAAGCCUGGGCAGCGGGGAACCUGGCCACCGUAAUUUUCAACAGCGACGACUACUGGGUUUAUGAGCGCCUGAAGCAGUACGCCACCCGCAUGAACAUCAUCCCCAUCCUCGACCUGUCUAAACCGCGCGCCGUGCAAGCCCUCAGAACCUACCGCGCAAAGUACUACUCCGAGAUCCCGGACUCGAAGGUACUGGAGCAAGUAUACGAUAUGGUCGGCGGCCGGCUCUCGUACCUCGGUCGCGUCGCCAAAAGUACAGACAUGCUCAAGACAUGCCAGGACAUCUGUCAGACGGAGAAGACGUGGUUGCUCAACAAAUGCUGGAUCCUCGGAGCGGAAAUGGACGACGAUGUCAUGGAUCAGCAAAAGUACGCUUCCGCCGCCAUGGUGCUGGCGAAAGCGCUGGUGGACAAAGAGAAGAGUAUGUCCAGCACCUACGAUCCCGUCAAGGGCCACAUCUUGCCACAAAUUCCGCUGCACGAGGCAAGGCAGGUCAUGACUCGAGCGGACUUUAUCCAGUCCUACGACAGCAUCAACGUGUUCACCAUUGACUCUCAUGCUAUGGUGCGAGCGGACAGCGUGCCGAUGAUGAACGCUAUGCGAGAUAUUUGUGGGCAAGAAGGCUUUGAGGACCACCUGGAGGCGACGCUGAAGAGGAUCGGGGACAUUGAGUCCCUGGGUAGGACAAGAGAGUUGACGAUUAAGGAUUUGUGGGAGGGAGGGCGGUAUAAGGUGGCAAUGAGGGAUGGCAAGGGUGUGGAGAGAGGAUCUUUUUUGGUAGAGACGGUGCCGAGGGAGGAGGCGGGGGAGGAGUAAGGGAAGAGUUGGGCGUUGGUAUGAUACCCUGUGUCUCCUUGUACAGUAUGAUGAGGUGGCUCGCGAUGAAGCUGCCACCACCUGUAACCUAUAUCGAUCUGCGCAGACCCUGCUAUUCGGCGCGCAUAAAUAUUACAAUUCUUCUGGUGUAAGGGUUGGAGCUUACUCACCGGAUGGAG